UCUCCAGCCACAGGGGAGAUCUCUUAGUAUAAAGGAGCUAUCCCAGCCUAGUCUGGCGCUAUCCACCCUCGACCUCACACGAACAUUUCUCCGCCGUCACGAUGCUCAGACCAGCCUGAAAUGGAGAAGCUCCAGAACACCAUCUUGCAUCCCCAUAGAUCGCCAAGGCAGCAGGAUGCCAUGGGCCACUUUCAGCAUUGGGCCAUUGCUUUCAUUGUCUGCAAUUUCAACGUCGAUAUUGGACCAGAAAUAGAGAUUGUGUAUCCUUCAAAUGUGCCCUUCUCCACCGCGGAUUUAACAGCAAUAUGCUUCAACAGCUUCCCCGAGCAACAGAAUACCGAGACUGCCGAAGAUCUCGCUUUCAACUUCACCAUCGGCAACAACUCUCCUGAUAUAUCCCUGAACUCUCCCCAAGCACCCCAUGGAAGCCCUAACAACUUCUACGGCUGCUGUGUCUUCCGCCAGGAGUUUGACCACACAAUGAAGCGGAGCUUUAACCAGCGGACGCUGGUGCUAAUCUCCAACCACAACUUCCUAUCUUUCUACAGUAAGAUUCUCCAACAGAUGACAGAAUCGGGCGUUAUCAGCGACCCGACAGCUCUCGAGGCUGCAUACACGCAGAUUGCUUCCUGGCCACCCCCGUCCCUGGGCAGACUCGACCUUCCCUUCUUUGGAUCUAUGAUAGCUCUAGACAUUGCACCCCAUCACGCCUUUCCCCUUCAAGGUCUUCCCGGCCCAACUCCGUUGAUCUCGGACAAACCGUCCUCAAUCUAUGCUUAUGAGCCUCUCGGGUCCUGGGACAACAUUAUGCCAUUUAUGCCCUCGCUAUCUGAUCUAUACAUACUCUAUGAGAAGCUUCUCCUUAGCGAAAGCAUCGUCGUCCUUGCAAAAUCACCCCAACUGUGCAGCGAGGCCGUCUCCUCACUAGUAGAUUUAGUCCGUCCUGUCCCAUAUGCUGGAGAGAUAAGGCCAUACAUGACCAUGCAGUCUGAAUUCCGCUGCAUCGGCAUAGAUGGCGGUACUCCCCGUCCCUUCAUAAUCGGCAUAACGAACCCCUUCCUACUGAAGCGUGUCCUCGCAGCCGCAGAAGACAAAGAACGCACAAGACCGCACAUCCUCUACCUCCAAAACUUUGAAGGCACAGUCCCUAUAAAACGCCAUCACUCGCUGCACCACCGAGCUAGCCGAAACGGCCUCUUAGACCUCCCCAGCGGCAUCGACGCCCAUCCCCCUUCCAAACGCUUCAUAAAGACCGACUCCCAUCUAAUCUCGCAAAUUGAAACUUUCCUCAAACUCGACAUGCCAACCCAUGAACUUGGUCCCCUCAUCCGUCGUCACUUUGCUGAGCUCACCGCCCAAUUCAUCGCGCCUAUAAACCGCUACCUCGCCACCUCCGUCUCUCCCAAUGUCGUCUCGCCUGGUGGAAACUACCGCUAUGCCAGUUUCUCCGUCACUGAUUUCCUCGGCAACCUAGCCAAGCAUGGUAGCUCGGUGAAGUUUAGGGGACAGGGUCCGAUACAGAGACAUCGAGCUAGGGAUCACCUGUAUGAGAGUUUCUGCCGUUCGCCGAAUUUUUACUCGUGGUUGGAUAUGAAGUUGAGUCUGGAGAAGGAGGCUAGCGCGGGAAUGCUUGGAUCGGGAUCGGCUUCUGCGUCUGUGUCGACUGCAAGUUGAGGGGCUGGUGUGGGAUAGGUGAUAGUAAACUUGCGUAGUUGUGCAGCAUACUGCGAACCGGCCGAAGACACGGGUCCAGGGUCUCCGCAAUUCAAGGUACUCAAAAGACGGAGAGUCCCGAACAGUCUGAGAGCCUUCGAUGUUCCAAGAUGAGGAAGCGUCCAAGCCAUAGAUUAAGCGAGUCACGGAGCUCAGUGACAAAUGGGAGAUAUAGAAUAGAACCGCACGGUUCUGGCAUCAAGCGUUGUGGAGGGUUCGGAAAGGUCGCUUGAAUACUAAGAUGAAG